AAACUUUCAAAUUGUGAGAGGGAGGAGAUAGGAAGGGAAAAAGCUAACCAACCUGUACUAACCCUCAAACAACAAAUUACUGUUUAUCAAAUCCCUUUCAUAAAGGACAGACACGCCAGGCUUCUACAAAGAGAGCUGAUCUCUGUGGUUUGCUUUCAUUGUUUCAGACUCCUGGCUGCCUUUUUGUUUUAAGCUGUGAAAAAUCAGAACCCCUUUACUUUGCAGAAGAGAACCGCACAGCCACCAUGUCUAGCUGUCUGUAUUAUGUCAUCCCAGCUCUAGGAGGAUAUGCUUUGACUUCACUUGUCCUUUUUAAAAACCCUCAUCUGCUUCACAGGAAGAAACAGACAGCCUUUUACAGCAAGCACAUCUCUCACAGAGGAGGUGCUGGAGAGAAGAUUGAAAAUACCCUCGAAGCUUUUACCAAUGCUGUUGACAAUACAACUGAUUUGCUGGAGCUGGACUGUCAUUUGACCCGAGACGGUCAGGUGGUCGUGUCACAUGACGAAAACCUUUUGAGGCAGACCGGACACAAUGUCAACAUUUCGGACCUCAAUUACUGCGAUUUGCCUAAAUACAAGGAGAGACUGGAGGUCACAUUCUACACAGGACACUACAGCACCGGGUCGGACAGGCAGAUCGUUCUUCUUGAACAAGUGUUCCAGAAGUUUCCACGCGUUCCCGUCAAUAUAGAGAUCAAGGAGGACAAUGAGGUUCUGAUUAAGAAGGUCUCUGAUUUGGUGAAGCGCUACAGACGCGAUGACAUCACUGUAUGGGCGAGCGUCAAAUCCCACAUCAUGAAGAAGUGUCGACAAGCGAAUCCCUCAAUGCCGGUGAUGUUCACUGUAGAGAGAUGUGCUCUUCUCCUCCUGCUUUACUUCACCGGCCUGCUCCCCUUCGUCCCCCUGUCUGAGAGCUUCCUGCAGGGGUACCUGCCCUCCAUCAUCAACAAGACCUUCAUUCCCUGCUCUCCGCUUCUGCGCAACAAAUUUGUCGUUAUGCUGUUUGAAAAAAUCAUGAUGCAGAGACCUCUAUUCAGACAUCUCCAAGCAAGAGGCAUUCAAGUGCAUCUGUUUGUCUUGAACGACGAGUCGGAAUUUCAGAAGGCCUUCGAUCUCGGAGCGACAGGCGUCAUGACGGAUUACCCAACCAAACUGCGCAGAUAUCUUGACAACAACCCGCCCUCUGAGCCGGGCAGCCACUAAAACGCCAGCUUUGCCACCCUCUAUUCUUUAAUCCCGCCCUCUGCAUAUCCAGCAGCCAAUAAGAAGAGUGCAAAGCUUUUAAGAUAUAGAAUUGAUUGAUUCCAUAAGUCUGUCUCGUAUUUAGACAGAAAUUAUCCUGUAGGUCUGUCUCACUGAUUCACCUGCCAUAGCACUGUCAAUAGCACAUCAUGGUAUUGAUUCACCUGCCAUAGCACUGUCAAUAGCACA